AUGGGAACGCCUUUCGUUUCCCUCCUGGAGCCGACCAGGCUCGACGCCUACAUUCGCGGCCGCGCGCACGAUGAGCAGCCCGCCGCCAUACCGAAGUUGUUCUGCGACGCCAUGGAGGUCCGCGAGGAGGUCUUCGUGAAGGAGCAGGGCGUGCCCGCGGAGAACGAGUUCGACGCCGACGACAGCCGCGCGUGCCACUGGGUCUCGUACGCUUCGGUCAGUAAGGUCGUCGAGCAGGAGGUCCUCGACGCCGACGGCAACAUCGUCAAGCCGCGCCGGAGUAGCACCCGCGCCACGCCCAUCGGCACCAUCCGCCUUGUGCCCUUCCCGCACGACCCGCACCCGAAGUACGGGGGCGUUUACUGGGACGGCAAGCUCGAGGAGAUCAAGGUGGGGGCCGGCGGCGGCAGCGAGGCGGUGGAGACGGCCACGGAGGAGAUGAAGAGCCCCGUCAAGGAGGACGGCGUGGUGGGCGCGGCGGAGCACGUCGGCGAGGAGAGGCGGUCGUCGGCGGCGCGGCCGUUUGCAGGGCCGGACCGCGCGACGGACCUGCACGAUGGGAUCGAGCCGUACGUGAAGCUCGGCAGGCUGGCCGUGAUUGAAGGAUUUAGGGGACACCGGAUUUCGCUGCUGCUUGUGAACACAGUGCUGGCAUGGUUGAAGGAGAAACCGAGCUAUUUCGACCCGAGCAUCAAAGAGAUGGGCCUGGAACAGAUCGGGGCGUCGACGGCGGAGGAGGUGCCCAAGUGGAAGGGACUGGUGUGCGUGCAUGCGCAGAAGCAGGUUGUGGAAAUGUGGGAGAAGAUGGGCUUUACCGUUGACGAAGGUAUGGGGACUUGGUGGGAGGAGGGCAUCGAGCAUAAGGGUAUGUUUAUGCGGCUGGACGUUCAACCCGAGACCACCCCUCUGGUAUGA